AAGUGGGAAAUUCCUCUCAAAUAGAAAGAAUGAAGGGCCAUCCUGUAUAAGUAGCCCACACUCAAGGAGGAAGGACAUUCACUCUGCAAACCCUCGAAGACUCAGCGUCAGCAUCUACUAGCAGAACAGGUAGCCCUGUGCCUGUUUUCAUCAUGACCUACCGGUGCCUCCUCCCGAUGGUUCUCCUGCUGUGUUUCUCCACCACAGCUCUUUCCAGGAGCUACAGCUUGCUUCGAUUCCAACAAAGGCGGAACCUUGCGGUGUGUCAGAAACUCCUGGGGCAGUUACCUUCAACUCCUCAACAUUGCCUCGAGUUCAGGAUGGACUUCCAGAUGCCUGAGGAGAUGAAGCAAGCACAGCAGUUCCGGAAGGAAGAUGCCAUAUUGGUCAUGUAUGAGAUGCUCCAGCAGAUCUUCAGCAUUCUCACCAGAGACUUCUCCAGCACUGGCUGGUCUGAGACCAUCAUUGAGGACCUCCUUGAGGAACUCUAUGGGCAGAUGAAUCGCCUGGAGCCAAUCCAGAAGGAAAUAAUGCAGAAGCAAAAUUUCACUAUGGGAGACACAACCGUUCUUCACCUGAGGAAAUAUUACUUCAACCUCGUGCAGUACCUGAAGUUCAAGGAGUACAACAGGUGUGCCUGGACAGUCGUGCGAGUGCAAAUACUCACGAACUUUUCUUUCCUGAUGAGACUAACAGAUUACCUCCGUGACUGACAUCUCCCACCUGUGGCUCUGGGAAGGGACAAUGUGACUUUGAGGUGAGACUCUUCAGCCAGCAGAGGCUCUUGAAGUAACUAACAAUGUAAUGCACUGGAUUUCAAUGGACAGUUAAAGACUAAGCUAUUUUUAAAUUGAUUUAUGCAUUAUUUAUUUAUUUAAACUUUUGUAUGAGAAAUAAAUUAUUUAUGAAACAAAAGUCAAUGUGGCAGUUUCAAUGUCAACUUGAUUUAUGUGACAACACAUAUUAAAAAUUGCAGAGCACCUUGGAGACAUUCAUUGCAAAACAAGCCUGCAGAGUAGUAGAGUUUUUGGCUCCUGCCUUUGAGGCAUUUAAAAUACAAGGAAGCCAUGUGGAAUGUCUAAGUUAUAUGCAUGCUCUCCAUGUAUCCAUACUGUUUACCUAGUCUUGUCUUUUCACUUCUUUAAAUGUACCAGACAAUUCAUUUUGUAGGGCUUCUUGAUAUGAUGUGGGUUUUUUUUUCUUAUUAUUAAUUAUGGAGAAAUGUACAUCACCUUACAUUUGAGAGUCUUACAAAGUAAGCCUUCUUGAUGCCAAUAAAAUCGGGGCAAAUUCCAUUUAGUUUAUAAAAUUCUUACUAAAGUAAAUGAAAAAUUCUGACCUUCUAAAUGGCCUUAGUUGCUUGUGUACUCCAACCUUUAUUUCCAACAAUGUAGUCCUCAGAAAGAGAUUUCAAGAAUAUGAGUUAAAAAUUACUUAAAACUGCCAUCGGGUCACUAGAAAUUGUCAAAAAUGGUAAUUCUCUCAAUUAAAAGUAAG